CCAUCACUGCCGGCAUCGAGGUUGACCACUGUAAUGACCAACUUGUAUACCAUAUAGAGAACAAAGAGUGGACGAAGAAGCUUCAGGCUGUGGACUAUGACAAAAAUCACACAGAGCCAGUUGGCAACGCCAUCACCCUGAGCUACGUGAUCAGCAAGACGCCAUCCUUAUAUGAGGUGUCCUUCCACGUGAAGUUCUGUGCCAUGAACGGGCACGACCUCACCAACAACUGCUACCACUACAAACUCCUAGAUGAAAAGACGUUCCAGAUGCCAUCUUCAUGUUCGCCUGUUGGAAGUAGAAGGAAAAGAAGAAGUCCUUUAGAUUUAAUACCCACAGGCGAUGCCAAGCGGAUCCUCAAUGAAGCUAUGAACCAGAACUUCACGAAUGAAGAAAUCAAGGAUCUGUUUGCAAGACUGAAGGCUGAAGCAAAAAGAGACAGCUCACUGAAAAUAUCACGCACGGAUGAAGAUGGCACAGCAACCAACACUAAGAGUGCCAUCAAGAAGAUGGGUUUAGCUAACCCAGGAACCAUUCUGUACUCAGGGGAGGUCGGCGGUGGCAACGUCGUGAUGGGCAUGGAAGGAGGCGAGAAGAUCAUGAAGGUCCUGGGUCGGGUCACCGACAUCCUGGGUCGCGGGGAUCAGGCGUACACUGUGGGGAAAGGUCUGACCGGGAAAGGACUGCAGCUUCUCGGUGCUAAACUGGCCAACAUGAGCAUCGGGGAGAUGAUCGCCAUGUUUGAUGCCAAGAACAUCGACCCUGAACUUGCUCUUCGUCUGACGAGACAACUGAGAGAUCUGGCUCUUGCCCUGUAUUCCGAAAUCAUCAAUGCCUUCAUCAAUGGCGAUGGGGCCAACACAUUCAGCUCAUUUGACAUUACCCUUCAAGGAGACUUCAGCAUACCUAGACAACCCAUCAACUUCUUCCGCUACAAGUAUAAGUUCCUGAUUGGGGGACUUGUACCCAUGACCUUUGAAUUGGGAGCUGAAGCCACUUAUGGAAUUGAAAUAGGUGUAGGAGCCAAGAUCCUUGGCAUGACGGUAUUUGGUGAAGUCGUGCCCUAUGGAACUGUCAGUGUCUACGGGGAACUUGGCAUUGGAUUUUUAAUAUGGUUUGGCAAACUAAGAUUUGACGGCCGCCUCAUGAAUAUUGCUUUCCCAUCCAGGGCUGAGAUCGGAUUCUAUAAGUUUCCACUUGAUUUAAGUUUGACCAUGGAUGUGGAAAUGGUCCCUCUGGAGAUGACCCUGCGGGGACAAGUUACUACGGAGGUCGAACUCUUGCUCGUCACGAUCAAGAAGAUAUUGUACGAAGCUGUCAUCUGGCGAUAUGCAACUCCUGUGAUAAGGAAGAGACUGAUAGACACAGGCAAGAAGGAGGAGGACAAGUCUCCACCACAGUUCCUCAACUAUGUGGACAAAACCGGAGGUUCUGGUCGACAAAAGAGGGCAGUGUCCACAUCACGGAGCUGCUUAGUGAGACAACUCUCCGAUAGAGACUACACAGAGCCGGCUGUAGAGAUAGCCAUAGCUGCCCAGGAUGACCGGAGUCAGGUCCAGAUCUUUGUGGAUGCUGGGACCAAACCUGGACUCACUGAUGUGCUCAGAAGAGUCAGUCUUGGUGGACCAUCUACAAUUAUCACUCAGCGAUUUUCCAAGAAUGGCUAUGGCGUCCCCGUCUUUUUCACGGUGUAUGGCGAGAACAGCGCAGGCGCGAGAUCCACCGUGACUUGCAGCAUCCCAACCUAUGACGUCACGCCUCCUGGUGGCAGACUGACAUCAGACUUCAGUUCAACCAGUAACCCAGCUGAGCUGAGAGGGAAUGUGGUGGUGUAUGAAGAUUCAGAUCUGGUUAAAUCGUCCGUGGGUGUUGGACUGGGAAGGGGAAUCUACGGAGAUGAAGUCAUAGCCUACAACUCUGUCAAUCUCAAGGACAGGACAAAUGCACACUAUGAUCCUUCAACUGAUAAUUUUGGCCUCGAAGCGCUGAAAUAUUUCACGGGUCUGAAGGACGGCCGACUGAUUGGUCCGGUGUUUGCCGAGUUCUUCAGUAUGAACCAUGCCGGGUCCUGUGUGAAGGAGUGUAUGAAGUUCCCGGAGACCAAGUGUAUGAGCGUCAACUACGACUACGGCCCUAAAGGACAUUGUGAACUAUUAGAGGGCAUUGAAGGACAUGACCAUAAAAUUUUCAUUUCCGAUCAGUAUGCUCACUUUGAGAGGCUCGGAGUUGGUCUUGCCCACGAGUUCAUCUACAAGGAUCUGUCUCUACGUCACGGCGUCAUGUACUACUUCAACAUCCACCUCAUCAACGACCUUCAGUUCGAGUCCAUCCUCCAUAGCAAGGGUGUUGUGGUGGAUGUCACACCUCCCGAGCCAGGUCCACUGGCUAAUGUAAGUCUGGAUGUCCUGGAGGUGACCUCGUGUGAGAGUGUGGUUCCAGAUGACAGACCGGAGUGGGAAAUCAGGUGUCGAGGUGUUAACAGUCAGAUAAAGAACCACAGGAUAAUUCAUGACGGUCACGGGUCAAAAACCGUUUUCAACGGAGACACACCCCUCACCGAUCUCCUGUACACCAGAGCAAACAGAUUCGUAAUAGGUCGGUGA